AUGGCGGAGGAAGGGGAAAGAAAAAAGAUCCCUUUGGUUCCAGAAAAUCUCCUGAAAAAGAGGAAGGCUUAUCAAGCCCUCAAAGCUACUCAGGCAAAGCAGGCUCUUUUGGCAAAGAGAGAGAGAAAAGGGAAAGAAUUCCGGUUUAGACGACUAGAAUCUUUCGUGCAUGAUUCCUGGCGGCAGCAACGUGACAAGGUGCGUGUCCGGCGACUAGAAGUGAAGCCGCGCGCUUUGGAGGUCCCUGAUAAACACUCCUUGGCCUUCGUUAUACGCAUGGAAAGGAUUGAAGGAGUGAGUUUAUUGGUAAAGAGCACCAUCAGGAAACUUGGCCUGAAGAAGUUGUUCAGUGGCGUCUUUGUCGAGGUCACCCCUCAGAGCAUGAGAAUGCUGCGCACAGUAGAGCCUUAUGUGACCUGGGGAUUUCCAAAUCUGAAGUCUGUCCGAGAACUCAUCUUGAAGCGUGGACAAGCAAAGAUUAACAAUAAGACUGUCCCUCUGACCGACAACACAGUGAUUGAGGAGCACUUGGGGCAGUUUGGUGUCAUUUGCCUGGAAGACCUCAUCCAUGAAAUUGCCUUCCCUGGGAAGCAUUUCCAGCAGAUCUCUGCAUUCUUGUGCCCUUUCCACCUCUCUGUGGCCCGUCAUGCUACCAAGAAUAGAGUGGGCUUCCUCAAGGAGAUGGGCUCGCCUGGCUACCGGGGUGACCGCAUCAACCAGCUCAUCCGGCAGCUCAACUAGAGCAGGAGCAGGUUUUCCAAAAGCAUGAAUUGGAAAUGCUUUUGUUUGUAUAAAAUUACCAAGUAUCUUCAGAGAAGAUUAUUUUCUGCCUUCAAAAACUGAAGGAAAGGGCCAGGAGAACCCCAGUAGGGUGUGCGAGCAUCGAAGACAUGGAACAGGACGAUUGUUCUCCGGUUGGCUGCCCGUCUCUGAGAUCCACACAAGCUGUGGAGGAAAGAAAUGCCCUGCCUUCCUUCUGUCUUGGUGUUUAAUGUUGGGUGAGCGACUAGCCCAAGUAUCCUCCCACGCCCUCCAAGACUCUUAAAGCAGUGGGGCAGACCAAGGGGCACACUUGAAUCUGGAUGAAGAGGGUCUUGGUUUUACUUUUUAUUUUUGUCAGAGAGAUGGUUGGUUUGUUCAAUACAACAUCUUCCUGUGUGGCCCUGGCUAGCCUUAAACUCCACAGCAGCCCUGCCUCCGCCCCGCCCUGACACCCCCACCCCACCCCCAGCUGCUGGUGUAUAAGCCUGGGGGCUUGUUCCUCAGGCAGAAAGGCAGCUAGAAAGGUGACAAAGGUGGUGCUCAGUCUUACGUGAGGCCAUGUUCCAACCGCUUUGGGACCUCUGGGGCUUGCUGCCCUUGAUCAGUGUAACAGCAUUUGUACCCUGACCUGCAGCGACAGUCCUUUCCUGUAGCUCAGGAUUUAGAAAAGCACAAGCAUAAAUCCAUACAUUGUGCUUGGAACUCCACGACAGUGACACACACCCUCUUGUCUUUUGUGAGGACAGCCUGCUUUUCUAUGCACAUUGGUCUGUGAAGCUAGUCUUGUUCUGUGCUACAGGAGGGGACUGAAGCUCAACCACUUGUUUUCAACUACGAAAUAGUGUUUAGCUGGGCCUGAUGGCACACACCUUUAGUCACAGCACUUGAGAGGCAGAGGCAGGCAGAUCUCCUGAGUUCAAGGCCAGGCAAGCCUGUUCUACAGAGUUCCAGGAUACCCGGGGCUACACACAGAGAAAAUGUUAAAGACCAACAAAAACCAAUGA